GCACGUUUCCUUUGUGCAAUAUGAAAACUCACGUGAGGAACGCUCGAAGGAUAUUCCGAUGUAUAUUUGCCACGUGAGUACAAGAAUCUGACAGGUGCGUUUGGUUGCACGUAUCAUUUAAUCGGCGUUUAAGAGUCAGACCGACGUUCGCAAUCUGUCUUUCGUUCUUCCCUUGUCAAAUGUUUCACGUGGUAUCGUCGUCGGUGCGGUGGCGCGCAAAUUAUAACCUCCGUUUUACGCGUUAGACAUUCACGUGGAACAACAAAGUGUUUAAACAAAUUGAACCGACGAACCAAAUGCAAACAUGGACACUAAGGCGAGGUUCAGUGAUCGCAACGCAAAAAAAAAUUUAUCGACGUCUGACAACGCCGACUACGAGUCCGACGAACUGUUCUCAGACGACGAACAAAAGAGAGAAAUUCAAUGUCAGUCCGAGAACUCCCAGGAUGUCAAAGUUCCAAGCCUGUCUGAAACACCUUCGAUGUUGUUAUCUAAUAGUUACUGCGCAGUAACACAUAACGCUACAGUUCCGUCAACACCGUUGAGUUUGUUACCGUUUUUGAAUAAAAUAAACGAACAAUGGACUAGCGACUUAGAAACACCCCAGGCUCAGUCUCAUGACAUCUCAUCGACAAGUGCAACAAAAACACAAGAAACACCUAAGCUUGAACAAUGUACAUCUGAAGUUUCGGACAAAGAAAUUGAUGUAGAUGACAUUACUUCUGCAUCUCCUGUCAUUGUCUCCAAAGCAAUGAGAAGACGUCCUAAACGUCGUAUAUUUAGAUCCUCUCUGUCUAUAGAUCCACAGUUUGAGACCAGUAAUGAAGAUGUUACAGCAAAUGCGAAUAUAGAAAUAUCUGUCAAUUCUGAAAGCCUUGAUUCUGUGAUACAGCAUGACGCUACAUGUGUGAUAUCAGUUGUACCUGAUGGUAAUGUUUUUAAAGAUUGCGAAUCUGAUAUUCUUAACAAAACUCAAGACAAUUCUAACGACAAGGAAUCAGAGAAUCUCAUCAUGAAUACCUCCAAUUCCUCAACACAGGAGUUUUUCAAAAAUGCCUCUUUCAGUAAAAUAGAUGAGCUAUGCUCUGACAAUUUUGAUAAGCAAGCAGCAACUGGAUCCACUAUCCAAUAUAAUCAGAAAGACGCUGUCGAGAAUAUCGAGAAGAAAAGUGACGCCGAAGAAAAUAUAAAUAUAGAUUUUUCGAGUGCUCGCGGUACCUUAUGUAAAAUCUCAAAGCAAGCAGCACUCAAAGCGAAGAGACUGUUUGCAGAUGUCUUUGAUGCAGAUGAAAUGCAGGAUUAUGAAUCAUUUGCUAAGAAAAGUUUUAUUGAACAGAAACACGAACAUUCGCGUUCUCUCGCAAACAAUUCUCCAGUUAAUGUUACAACAAAAGAGACGCAAGCCACGUCUACAGAGCAAGUUAAUCAAUUUGAAACCAAACACAACAUAAAACUUCCAAGUAUCCAACGCGAUUUUCAAAUUGCUUGCGGUUCGUCCAUGAAGAUUUCAGAAUCAUCAUUUUCCAAAACGAAAACAUUAUUUGCAGAACGGUUAAAUGAUAUUUCUGACAAAGAUACUUUUGAUUUAGAAGAGCUACCUGAAGAAAACGCAUCACCAGCGAAACAAUUAAAUGAGUCUAAAAACAAGCAAGAUGUAAAACUUCCGAGUGUUCAUUGCGGUUUUCAGACCGCUCGUGGUUCGUCUAUCAAUAUUUUAGAAUCAUCAUUAUCCAGAGCAAAAACAUUAUUCGCAGAACAGUUAAAUGAUAUUUCUGAGAAAAACAUUUUUGGACGAAAACUACCCGAGGAAAAAACAUUGCUUGAGGAACAAUUAAAUGAUCAGUCUAAAAACAAGCAAGAAACAAAAUCUCCGAAUGUUCAAUGUGGUUUUCAGACUGUUCGCGACACAUCCACAAAGAUCUCGCGGUCAUUGUCCAAAACAAAAACAUCGUUUGAGAAACUAUUCGAUGACGUUGUUUCUGAUAAAGAAAAUUUCGAACAGAAACUGUCUGAAGAAACAGCGUUGUUCGCAGAAGAACUAAAUGAUGAGUCCAAAAUCGAACAAGAAAUGGAACUUCCGAGUGUUCAGUGCGGUUUUCAGACUGCUCGUGGUUCGUCUAUAAAGAUUUCAGAAUCGUCAAUCUCCAAAGCAAAAGCAUUAUUUGCGGAACAAUUAAAUACUUUUGAAAAAGACAUUUUUGGACAAGAGCUACCUGAAGAAAAAGCAUCGCUAGCGAAACAAUUAAAUAUUCAGUCUAAAAACAAGCAAGAUGUAAACCUUCCGAGUGUUCAGUGCGGUUUUCAGACCGCUCGUGGUUCGUCUAUAAAUAUCUUUGAAUCAUCAUUGUCCAAAGCAAAAACACUAUUUGCAGAACAGUUAAAUAAUAUUUCCGAUAAAGACACUUUUGGACAAGAGCAACCUGAAGAAAAAUCAUCGCUAGCGGAAGAAGUAAAUAUUCAAUCUAAAAACAAGCAAGAUGUAAAACUUCCGAGUGUUCAGUGCGGUUUUCAGACCGCUCGUGGUUCGUCUAUAAAUAUCUUUGAAUCAUCAUUGUCCAAAGCAAAAACACUAUUUGCAGAACAGUUAAAUAAUAUUUCCGAUAAAGACACUUUUGGACAAGAGCAACCUGAAGAAAGAGCAUCGCUAGCGAAACAAAUAAAUAUUCAGACUAAAAACAAGCAAGAUGUAAAACUUCCGAGUGUUCAGUGCGGUUUUCAGACCGCUCGUGGUUCGUCUAUAAAUAUCUUUGAAUCAUCAUUAUCCAAAGCAAAAGCAUUUUUUGCAGAACAAUUAAAUACUUUUGAUAAAGACACUUUUGAUUUAGAAGAGCUACCUGAAGAAAAAUCAUCGCUAGCGGAAGAAGUAAAUAUUCAAUCUAAAAACAAGCAAGAUGUAAAACUCUCGAGUGUUCAGUGCGGUUUUCAGACCGCUCGUGGUUCGUCUAUAAAUAUUUUAGAAUCAUCAUUAUCCAAAGCAAAAACACUAUUUGCGGAACAGUUAAAUAAUAUAUUCGAUAAAGACACUUUUGGACAAGAGCAACCCGAAGAAAGAGCAUCGUUCGCGGAACAAUUAAACGAUCAGUCUAAAAACAAGCAAGGCGUAAAACUUUCGAGUGUUCAGUGCGGUUUUCAGACUGUUCGCGAUACAUCCACAAAGAUCUCGCGGUCCUUGUCCAAAGCGAAAGCGUCGGUUGAGGAACAAUUCGAUGACGUUUCUGAUAAAGAAAAUUUCGAACAAGAACUGUCUGAAGAAACAGCGUUGUUUGCGGAAGAAUUAAAUGAUGAGUUCAAAAUCAAACAAGAGACGAAGGAACUUCCGAAUGUUCAAUGCGGUUUUCAAACUGCUCGCGGCGCAUCCGUGAAGAUAUCGCAGUCGGCGUUGUCCAAAGCGCAAGCGUUAUUCAAUAAUGAUUUAAAUUACGCCGUAUCAAAAUCGGUCAGUGCGGAAAACAACAAUCAUUUUCCUAUCAAAGAAUUUAAUCGAGAAGAAGAAGCAGACAGCGGGCGUGGAAGUGCAAUGUCUAAUUAUUCUGCGCAAACGUUGCCCAAAGCGAAGAUAACGUUCGCGAAACGACUGACCAGUCCACUGGAAUCGGUUGUCACAAAGCGAAACAACGUUAUCGAUAAAAUAGGAAACAGUCAGUUUGCGGAACUGUCGAGUGUUGGACGUGAAAUUCAGACCGCUCGCGAUACAUCCGUCAAGAUUCCAAGACGAGUUUUGUACAGACCGAAAACCUUGUUGGCGAAUCGAUUAGACUAUUCGUCGGAAGUGAACGUUCGAGAAAAUAUCGAUCUUGAAGACGAUGCGAAACGAUGUGAUUCAACAACAAGCGGAAUUCAACAGGUGCUGAUCAACGUUCCGCCGAGAGAACGAGCACGUCUGGACGAUUGUUCGGCGGAUGAGAACAGUCCCGACUUGAUGUACGCGUCUUGGCUGCAGAAACGCAAAUCGAGCGAUCCCGCCUCGUCCAAUUCGGACGAGAACACACCGCUCGGUGCUAGAAACCGCGAGUUCAAGAGACACGAGUCGAAGAAAGCUCGGCUCAGCAACGAGCUUCAAGCGAGAAAAUUAUUUCCAGACGAUGCAAACGCGGACGAAAACCCGAACGAAAACAAGCAAUUGAGUUUUGUCGCGAGAUCCGGCUCGGAAACGCCCAAACAAGAUGUCGCGGAACCGAACGAAUCUGAAGCAGCGGGCAGUCCGGUUAUAGGAACGAAAAAAACCGUUUGCAGGAAGCGGAGAAGUUUCGAACAUCGCGGGGAGAAGAAAAGUGGAUCGCAAGAGAAUGCGAACGAAGCGCCGAUACGAGAGAACGUGUCGGAAAACGCGUCUCGCGAAAGAAACGACGAUUUGAACGAAUUGGAAGACGCGAAGAAGACGGGAGAUUUCGCGCCGGGACAAAAUGCGAAGACCGAAAACGUUGAAUCGAUCGAAUACGACGACACUCAGUUAAUGAUGAACUUCGUCGAUCAAUCGGUAAAGAUUCUGCAGGAUCGUCUGGCGGCCACGUUGGAACAAGAGAGCGUAAUCACCGCGAAAAGAAGACACGGAUGCAAGCAGUCGGUGGGUCAUCUGUAUCGUUACAAGGAGGCGAACGCCAAGGCCCGUUUGUCGCUGAAAGAUAUCGGUAACGGCGCGCCGCCCGUGCCGCUCACCUCACGGGAGCUGAUCGAACGGCGCGUACCACCGAAUGUUCUGACGAUCACGUCCGCGACCGCCGCGUCGUACAAAUUUCAAUGCUCCGAUUUUUACGGAAGCGACGUGGCGCGGAGCAACGUGCGCGGGAUCGAGAUGGGGGACGGCGCGCGUCUGAUCAUGGAUGAGAACGGGUACGUGGGAAUUUGGGAAUUUCAGCGCUGCUUCCUAGCGAGCACGGGUGUAGAUCCGAAUCUCGUUCCCGCGCGCUGGAUCGAGAAUCACUACCGUUGGAUCGUUUGGAAAUUGGCGUCUAUGGACAGGAUGAAAUUCGGAUCGGCCGAAUUGCCCAGAUCGUUAACACCUUCGCACGUAAUGACGCAACUGAAGUAUCGCUACGAUCGGGAGAUCGAUCGGUCCCAGCGACCGGCUCUGAGACGUAUCUUGGAAAAGGACGACGUCGCGUCGAAGAGAAUGAUUCUAUGCGUAUCGUCUGUAAUUGAAAACGACAAUGCGAGUUCGACAGCGGAAACGAGUCCUCCUAAAAGCGCGGCGAAAUGGAAGAUAGAACUGACGGACGGCUGGUACGGCGUGGCUGCUUGCGUCGACGUCGGCAUGGUGAAGAAUCUGUUGACCGGUAAAGUGAAAGAGGGCACUAAGCUGGUGAUGUCCGGCGCGGAGUUGUUGAACUGCGAUCAAGGUUGUUAUCCACUGGAGGUAACCGCAGACGUGUGUCUGAAAUUGCACACGAACUCAACCAGGCGCGCACGAUGGCACGCGAAAUUGGGAUACACGCCGCGUUCGGGACCGAUACCCAUCAGAUUGCGUAACGUGUGUCCGAACGGCGGCCUAAUCGGCAAGAUGACGGUUCUCGUCGCCAGAGUGUAUCCGAUGUUAUAUCACGAGAGAACCGCGUCCGGAGAUUCGGUUGUAAGAAACGCUAAAUGCGAGGAGAAAGCGCAGAGCAAGUACGAGCAGCAAUGUUGGUCCGACAUAGAGAAGUUUUACGCCAAAGCGGAGAAGGACUUUCAGGAUAAAGUUCCUUCCGACGAGAUCGACGGCAUGACAAUUCAGUUGAAUGAAGAUUACGAGAAUUUGUCAUCGGAGGAUUUCGUCUCCGAACAACGACAUAACGAACUGAUGCAGGAAUUGCGUCAGAAGGAGGAGAGAUUCAAGCAGCAAUUACAGUCGAAGUUGCGUCAGAGCUUACCGGGUCCGCGUCAGGUCUCGCCGUUGCUAAAAGUUCGCGUGUGCGACGACAACGCGAACGCUAUUCUCUCGAUUUGGCUGCCGAGCGAGGAGAUCGUCGACACCGUCAAGGAAGGCGCCUGCGUCUCGCUCCGCAACGUCGUGGCUUCCGGCAAGAGAGGAAGCGAGCUGCAACUCACCGCGGGCCGCUGCGCAAUUUUCAAACCGGACAAGAGGAGCGACAUGUCCCAUCCCCCCAGAACGUACACGCCGCUCCGCGAAAUAACGAGUUCCGAAUUUGCGCCGCCCUACGGGGAAUUCGACACGAUCGGUUUUGUCUGUUCGGUUGGUCCCGCGCCUUACGGCAUGAAAGACUUCGAGGUUGCGCAUAUAGCGUAUCCGAAUUCUCCCUCGAGCAACGACACUUCGUAUCUCUCGAUAUUGUUCUGGCAAGGAAUAUCCAACUACGGCUACACGGAAAUUCUCAUCGUCGGAUCUGUCGUGGCGUGCGCGAACUUGGAAUGGCGCAGAGCAAGUUCGUGGAAUAUUCCGGUUGCGUAUUGUACGGAGAGAAGUACUUUUACGCGCAAUCCACGCCGAAAUCAUCACUUGUACGAGCCCUUUGAGAAUCUACGAGGUCUGAUCACGAAUCCAAUUGAAUAUGCCAAAGAGCGCGCUUCCGAACUUAACGUGGAAUUGCAAAAGAAAGCGACACCGACGCGUUACGCAUCGAACAAAAACACUCCGAUCAAAACGACGUUCAAUUCGACGUUAAAUUUCGACAAGAAACCGACCGAUUCGCCGUUGUUGACGCCGAAACCGGGACUCGGCAUCACGUCGAAUUACGUGCCGUCGAAUUCCACGAUUCAAAAACGACUCGAGAAACUUCAGUACUUGGGCGAACCGCCCAAAUUGUCACCUCUGGUAAUUAGAAACUCCAAGAGGAUGUCUCUGCAGUUUCGAUCGCCCGUUUGCGUUUCAAACUCGACGGAAAACAACAACAACUCGUCGAGAGCCAGUCAAUCCGGAGAUCCGAACGCGUCCCAGUGAAAAACAACAUAAUUGUUGCUUGUGCACUUUGGUUUUAAUUACAUACAAAUAUUAAUUCAAGUGUAAA